UGCUUGACUGGUGAAGAAAUUUUUUCUUUGCAUGGGAUACCAAACAACAGUCACAUAUCAAAUUCAAGCUUCUCUACAAUAUGUCCUGCUGUUUUGCAACAACUAAUUUUUCACCCGUGUGAUCAUCAGGAAAACUUUGUGGUUACAUCUAAACCACAUUCUUUACAAGUUUGGGGAUUUGGGUUCCUGGCUGUGACUAUCAUUAACUUGGCAUCACUUCUGGGACUGAUUUUAACUCCUCUCUUAAAGAAGUCAUAUUUCCCCAAGGUUUUAACCUACUUUGUGGGCUUGGCCAUUGGUACUCUCUUUUCUAAUGCAAUUUUCCAGCUUAUUCCAGAGGCAUUUGGGUUUGACCCGAAAGUAGAUAACUAUGUUGAGAAAGCAGUUGCAGUGUUUGGUGGAUUCUAUAUUCUCUUCUUUGUGGAAAGGAUUCUUAAAGUGAUAUUGAAGAUCUAUAACCAGACUGGCCAUAAUGACUCUGGAAAUGGCGAACAGAAUCAUUCUGAGGGCAAGACUAACCCACCCAAACCACUAUCAUCCAGCAAUGGGGGGACGUGCUAUGCAAAUUCAGCCAUCAUAGAGAGCAAUGGAAAUCUUGGUUUUGACAGCAUCAGUGUGGUCUCAGCACAGGAAGAAGCCACCCAAGGCAGCUUAUGCAAGUGUCUUAAGGGGCGUCCACUGUCAAAGAUUGGGACCAUUGCUUGGAUGGUAACACUGAGUGAUGCCGUACAUAAUUUCAUAGAUGGUUUGGCUAUUGGUGCUUCCUUCACUUUGUCUCUGUUUCAAGGGCUUAGUACCUCCAUAGCCAUCUUGUGUGAAGAGUUUCCUCAUGAACUGGGGGAUUUUGUAAUCUUGCUUAACGCGGGAAUGAGUACUCGGCAGGCUCUGUUUUUCAACUUUCUGUCUGCAUGUUCCUGUUACAUUGGGAUGGCUUUUGGUAUAUUAGUAGGCAACAACUUUGCUCCUAACAUCAUCUUUGCUGUAGCCGGUGGAAUGUUCCUAUACAUCUCUCUGGCAGAUAUGUUCCCGGAGAUGAAUGAUAUGCUGCGAGAGAAAGUGACAGGAAGAAAGAUGGACCUCACAUUCUUCCUUAUUCAGAAUGCUGGUUUACUAACGGGGUUUACUGCUAUACUGAUGAUUACCUUGUAUGCAGGAAAUAUUCAGCUGUGA